AUGUCUCAAAAAUAUGAAUCUUUAACAAAUAUUCAAAAAUAUAAAUUUUGUCAAUAUGCUCAUGAUAAUAAUAAACGUCUUACAACAAAAAUAGCAAAUCUGGAUACAAAACAACACAAACCUGUUACUUUUCCAAAAUUAGAACUUGCUUUAAAAGAAUUUGUGCUAGUUUAUCAAGAUCAAACAAUUUUAACUAACACCUUAAUUAUUGAAAAGGCUAAAUUAUUGGCAAAUAGAUUUAAUAUUUCUGAAGAUCAACUAAAAUUUUCUAAUGGAUGGUUACAAAAAUUUAAAAACUAUAAUCAAGCUAAAGAAACAACAAAGGCAACAACGGAAGAACUACCAAGAAACCAAGAAACACAUACUGAAAAUGUAAACACAACAAAUCAUGAGUUGGAUGCAAACACAACAAAUCACGA